UUUACUCAAUCUAUCUUAUCAAUUUACUUAACUUCAAUAACCAAAAACGAUCUUAAAAUCAAAUUUUCAUAGAAUUAAACGCAAAAUAUAAUGUGUGAAAGCAAUAUGAAACGAAAGCGACUAUAUAUAGCCGGCCUGGCUGGCCUGGGCCUCAUAGUUUUGGUGUCGAUCUACAAAAGUGGAUCCAAUCGUUCAUCAGUAUCCGUAAUCCGCGAUUGUUUCUUCUGCGACUUCGCCCACCACCGAAAAGGACCUCCUCCUGUUUUGGAGGUGGAAACGGAUGAAUACGUAAUCUUCAAGGACAAAUAUCCUGCGGCAAAGCAUCAUUACUUGGCGAUUCCCAAGGAACACUUCGACAGCUUGAAGGCUCUGAAUAGAUCACACCUGGGAUUGGUUCAACGAAUGGAGGCGGGCAUGAUGGAGUUUUUCAGAUCAAAAAAUAUAGAUCCUACGAAAGCGGUUAUUGGAUUCCACUUGCCCCCAUUUAUUUCAGUGCGCCACCUACAUUUACAUGGAAUAUAUCCACCAUCAGAUAUGGGCAUUGGAAACCAGAUAAGCUUUAUGUCUUCAUUCUGGUUUAAAAAGUCGGAGGAUGCAAUACGUGAAUUGGAGGGAAGGGAGCUGUGAGAGAAAUUUUUCAUAUGGAAGAGCUGUUCUUUUAUAAUGCAAUACUAUAUAUGUAAAUAUUAACUUUAAGAGAUCAACUUACCUGUGACUGACAAUUGUUGCAUUUAACUGUGACUGAUUCCCAGUGAUUACAACGAUAAGUCAAAAAAGAAAAAAUAUGUUAUGAAUGUUCACCAUUUAUUUUGAAUGUAAUUGAAAUUUAAAUUUCGGAUGAGAUUACCAAUUAAAAAUAAAAUCAAAUUUAUCAUUAUAAAACUGAAA